AUGAAUGAGAGUAAACUUCUCUUACAUUUUAACAAGAGCAUAAUAGUGUCACCACUUUCACUGCGACUUCCGCUGUGUAAGCUGGCUUCUGUCGCUCAAGGCGACGUAAAGGUAGAAUUAUUGCAAUUCUUGGAAUACAAAAAUAUAAAUAUGGUGAUUAAUAUGAAACUUGCCAGCCCCGGAGUGUCAAUGACAUUUGUAAUACCUGAAGACAGGAAGAGCCUUCAAGACUUUCUUCGGAAUUUAUUGAGACCCAACUACUUUAGGACUAUCAAAAAGAGGAUGCGAAUGGAAUUUCUAAACAUAGCGAUACCCAGAUUUAAGUUAAAGACCUUGGUAGAUUGGACGGAUUCCUUACAGAAGGUGGGAUUAAAAAAACUAUUUGAUAUAAACAGUACAGGGCUGAAUAACAUGUUAAUAAAUGAGGCCACUGACAAACCCCUGCAUAUAAGUAAAGUGAAACAAAAGAACUUCAUUGAAGUUAAUGAGAUGGGUGCAUAUCGGAUUAUUACCACAGAAUGUAAGUUGCAUUUUACUCUGAGUAUAGAAAGAACAAUGUGA